AUAAAGGGCUGACUUCGCCGUUGCUGUGGGCAUGUUUAUCUAGUAGUUUCGAAAACACAGCAACCAUGACACUUCUCGAAACCUUCACGUCAAAUCCGCAGUAUCGCCAAUCGGCUACUAUCUUCUUAACGUGUACCUUUGCCGUGUUUCUCAAUUGGCUCUACAAGGCCGUUUCUCAGAGGAAACAACGGGAGUAUGUGUUCUCGGGUAUGCCGCCUGGCCCGGACGGUUACAAGAAAGGCCAGGCGCGAUACCGCACGCAAUGCGCGGCAGUGAUCCGGGAAGGUAUCCAGAAGCUCGGAGAAUUUGCCGUUUUCUGGGUGGCGACUUCAAUCGGACCAGUCAUGAUAGCACCACGAAAAUACCUAGCGGAAGUCAAAAACCACCCAGACCUCAGCUUCGCGGAUUACUUCCGAGAUGCAUUUGGAGGAGCUCAGACGGGUAGCGAUGAAUUCUUCCGGUCUCAAAACCUCAUUAAGAUUAUCAAGAAAAACAUUACCCAGUCGCUCAGCCAUGUUACAGCCGCUCUCUCCGAAGAAACGGUUUCGGCAAUGGAUAUUAAGCUCCCCUUGACUGAUGAAUGGAUCGCACAUACAAUGCAUCCAACCUUGCAGCAGAUAAUUGCACGCGUCAGCUCCCGCGUCUUUCUCGGCGAAACGCUCUGCCGCGACCAGCGCUGGCUCGACAUCGCUAUAAACUACACCACGACCGUCAUGACAGCCGGCCUAGAGCUGCGGAGAUUCGGGAGUUUCCUCGCACCAAUUGCAAAGUGGUGUCUACCCUCUUACCGAGCGCUCAAGAAGGCAGUCCAUGAUGCCGACACAUUGAUCAUGGGCGUCGUGAAGGAGCGGCGAGAACAACAGAAGAUACAGGGAGAUGCUUACGUCAAACCGAACGAUGUAUUACAGUGGGCGAUCAACCAAGGGGAGCCGGAUUCCGACCUAGCGAAUAUCCAGCUGUUUCUUGCCUUCGUGGCGAUCCAUACCACCAGCAUAACUAUGACCCACCUCGUGUACGAUCUGUGCAAGUACCCGGAGUAUGUAGAGUUGCUAAGGGAAGAGCUACGGGAGGUCUUGGGAGGCGCCAAUUUCAACGCGGCGAGCGAAGUACGAAAGUUGAAGAAGAUGGACAGUUUCAUGAAGGAGAGCCAGCGCCUCCAUCCUCUCCAAGACGCGACCCUGCAGCGUAAAGCAACUCAAGACAUUGAGUUCUUCGACGGCUUAAGGAUCUACAACGGCCAAAUCAUCCAGGUCUCAUCCCGCACCGUUCUCCGUGACCCCCGAAUCUAUAGCGACCCAGACACCUUCGACGGCCUCCGCUCUCUCAAGCUGCGCCAAGAGCCCGGACAAGAAAACGCUCACCAAUUUGUCACCUCCUCCGAAAACUUCUUCGCCUUCGGUCAUGGAGCUCAUGUUUGCCCCGGCCGGUUCUUCGCUGGAAAUCAAAUCAAGAUUAUCCUCUCACAUUUAUUGAUGAAAUAUGAUUUCAAGUUUCCGGAUGGCCAGAAGGAAAGGCCGAAGAGUAUUGCCUUCGACGAAGUGAUUAAUCCGGAUCCAGAACAGGAGAUCUUGUUUAAGAGGAGGAGUUAUAACUAG